AUGGCAUCAAUUGGUAAAUCUAUAGCCGUAUUUGGAGGUAACGGUUUCUUGGGAAAGAAAAUAUGUGAAACCGGAAUAAAAUUGGGAUAUCAGGUAACUUCAUUUUCUCGGUCUGGGCAAGCUCCAGCAAUUAGUUCUCCAUGGAUUAAAGAAGUAAAGUGGGAAAAAGCAGACAUUUUUAACCCUGAUACAUACAAAGAUAAGUUGACAAAUGUGAACUCAGUGGUUCAUUCUAUAGGCCUUCUCUUUGAGAAUCAAAACUACAAGAAGUCCAUGAAUACCAAUUUCAAUUUUUUGAAUGACGUGCAGAAUUUAGCCAAUUUGGUAAAGACUCCAAAUCCAAUGGAUAGAGCUAGCCAUAAUACAUACGAAGGCAUACAGAGAGAUUCAGCCGUGAUAUUAGCUGACACGUUUUUGAAAGUUCAGCCAAACAAUCCGUCAUAUGUGUAUAUAUCGGCAGAUCAGCAGAUGCCUUUCAUCCCAUCGGGCUACAUUGAUACUAAGAGGGAGGCCGAAUUUGAAUUGUCUUGUAAAGAAGGUUUAAGAUCUAUUUUAAUGAGGCCUGGGUUUAUGUAUGAUGAAGCAGAAUCAGAUUCUCUCAAUAACCGGAUCUUAUUAAAGAAUCUUUUAAAGUUAGGAUACGAUGCUAAACAUUGUAUUCUCGGAGAUCAUAUAUCGUACUUGAAUAAGUUGGUUAGACCUCCUAUAUCUACCGACAAGGUGGCACAAAAGUUAUUUGAAAAAUUAGAGAAUGACAGCUUUAGUGGAAUAGUUACAUUGGAUGAAAUUUAUAAGCAUUAG